UCGAAGAAAAUAGGAGCGACUGCGACGUACUGCGUUUAGGAGCAGAGUUGUCUCUUCAGACGGAACAGACGGAUCCGCGUAUCAGGCAAAGUGUUGGAGGCGAAAAUGUUCACGCAAUUUUUUAUUAAGGAAAAUUUUAAUAAAUAAUGUUAAAAUAAAUUAGAAAACGUCGCUUUAAUACACAAUAUUGAUGAAGUUGCAAUGUAUAUAUACUUAUAAAAAAAUUAGCCUCGACGCAUUGAUAAAAGAAAAGAAGAAUUAAUUGCAUAUGCUUGAAGUGAUUGAGUGAGAAAGUGAAAUAUAUUGGUAGUUGGUAUACUAACGGUGAUUGCAACAGCCAAAUAGCAAACCAAGCGGACGUCGUCCAGAGUCUUCAACUUGUGAGUGCCAAAGGAAAAUAAAAGUAAUAAAUCCGUGUACAUAUUAUUGAAAAAUUGUCAUAUAAUAAAAAAAGAAAAUAAAAUAAAAACAACAAACCUCAUAUUAAGUGUAAUUAUCGUUUCAAAAUACGUACAAGAUCAAAUCGUAAAAAGUAAUUACUGGACAACAUAGCGGCGCUUCGUUAGUCGGUGCGUGUCGGUCGGUCACUGGAUCCAUCGAUCGGGCGAUCGUUGGUCACUCACUGGUUCCUUCGCAUAUUCCUUCGUCUGAUACAUCACAUCAAUCAAAAUUUUCGUCGUAACAAACUUACAAGUUACAUGUAUUUGUGUGUGCAGUGAAGGCGUUCGGUCGGUCCAGUCGGUUGGGUCCAGUCGGUCGGAAGUUUGUUCAGCUUUGAAUGUCUUUAUGCUUUAAUCAUGGUGAAAUUGACCACCGACACAAUACGCUACCACAUUAGAACCUUUCUGAUUACAAAUCAUGACAGAAGGACAUGAAAGCGACUUCUUAGUUACAGUACGCGCACAGGUUAUGACCAGAGACGAAAGCACCGAGGGUUGGUUACCACUCGCCGGGGGUGGUUUAGCAAAUGUUUCAAUACGCAGACGUGCUAGACUAUCCCCUGGCGCUGCUGGACAUGAAUAUAUCAUUUACGGCCAAAGAAUCUCUGAUCAAAGUGUAAUUUUAAGCUGUGUCAUCAAUCGUGAACUGAAGUAUUACAAAGUUAUGCCAACAUUUCAUCAUUGGCGUGCUGGUAAACAACGCAAUGGUCUCACUUUUCAAACGGCUGCCGAUGCGCGCGCCUUCGACAAAGGCAUAUUGAACGCCUACAAUGAUUUAAUUGAUGGCCUGGCCAAAUCUAAUCCAUCAAUAAUAUGUCCGCCACUUACAAAAUAUGACUCAGUUGGUGAAGACGACGUUUUUAUGACCCUUGAUCUACCUAUAGAAGCCGAGUGCAUACACAAGUCACAUUCAAGUCCCGAAGGCAGCGAAAAAAGUCACAAAAGUAUUAGUGUCGAUCGCGGUGAACGCAUUAGCAACAAAAGCGAUUUUGAUCGUUCUUCGGAUGGUACUGUCACUCAACAUCCCAAGGCCACCAUUCACUACAUAUCGAACGAGAAAUCAUGCAGCCUGCAAGCGCCACCACCACCACCCUCGCUGGCUGCUAUAAGCGCGGUUAGCAACAGCAACAACAGCAACGUUAGCACAAACGUAAGCGCAGCCAUUGUAUCGCCCCCAAUCACCACCGUCUCGUCGAGCCAACUUGAAGCGCCACCACCAACGCUGCCCACAGCCAUUGUGACUAGCGAGAAUUACUCCUAUGUUCAACUAACAGCGGUGCAUGAUUACAAUUAUCCGGUUGUCGAACAGCCAGCUGUCGCGCAAGUAUUGAACGCACGUCGUGAGUCGAUCAGCGCAUUGAAGAAACGUAAUGCUUUGGAAGCUGCACAAGCUUUGGCCGCUGCUCAAUCGUCACCGAUCACCGCCGGUAUGAUACUCAAAGAUCCUACGAGUAAUGUGGACAUCAUUAAGAAGAGUCAACGCGCACGUUGUCGUUACUGUCAUGAACUCUACAAUGACGAAUUCAAUCGAAAGGGUGCCUGUGAAUUUGCGCCCGAUCGCUUUCGUUCGGCAUUAGAGUAUAUUUCGGGUAUGGGUUGUGCGCGUUGUAUGCUGUAUCAUUGUAUGAGCGAUGCCGAGGGCGAAACGCCACAACAUCCAUGUCAGUGCGUCAAUGAAGCUGGUUGCACUAAGCGUUGGCUCGGCUUGACAUUGCUAUCAUUGCUCGUACCCUGCCUUUGGUGUUAUCCGCCGCUGCGCGCCUGCCAUUGGCUGGGAGUAUCAUGCGGCGUGUGCGGCGGUCGACAUAAACCACAAGUCUGACAUUUGGAGGGACGAUUGCAAAAACAAUUCGACAAAGGCUAUGUUUACGGUUAUGAGGAUGUUAUGAAUUCAAAUAGUUAUGAUUACGAUGGAAAUGGCAUUGGCGAUUUGGAUGAUCACUACGAUAGCUACAAUUACAGUUACAACUAUUGCAACUAUAAAAAAUAUAAUUACAAUAAUUAUAGUUACAAUUACAAUACAACCUACAACCAAUAUAAACAAAAACAGAAACAGCAACAAAAACAAAAACAACAUAAAGUACAACAACAACAACCACAAAAGCAACAACAGUCGAGCGGUGGCGGCACUUUAACACGACAAUUCGAGCAAUGGCAU